AUGGCAAUUUUUCUAUUGUCUUCCUUAGAUCAUAAUGAGUUCCAUGGACACCACGCCGCUGCUGUGAAUCAUUCAUAUCUUGCGUACGUUGGACCAGGCCCAGCCGCUACUCUGACAAGUGGCGAUGACAGCAAUAGCACAGAUGACCAUCCCUGGAACAGCCACUCUAACGACCACUUUCGCCAGCUGGCUGUUGCUCCCCAGUAUCAUCAUCAUCAUCAUCAUCAUCAUCAUUCCCCAUCGUUUUCUCUACCCGGUGCUCAUGUGCUUGAUGGUGAAGUCGACUCUUCAGCAGCACAGGGCAUAUCUCAUCCGCACCCUUUUGUCUUUAGUUAUCGGUUAGCUUCUCGAGCUCGAUACUGCUCUCAACUUUUUUGCAGCAAGUUUUUUGAAUGUUGUUUGGAUUUUGGGCAAUGUAGGCCUAAUCCAAGAACCUCACCAGCAAUUAACGCUCACCAAGGAAGCAGCACCCAAAUGCGUGAACACCUUCACACCCAAAAUCAUGUUUUUAAUCAUCAGAGGCCACCACACCAUGCUAAUGGCCCCAAUCUAGCACCGCCUCUCGUCUCCGUGACAAGAAGGGGAUUACCGCCGCCGCCGCCGCCGCCGCCUAUGCCAGAUCAGAACGUCGGAUUCUUCAUUUAUCCACCAGCGAACUCACCAGGUGGGCACCGUGAACCAGAAACUGAUCAGUUUCAUGCUUGGGAGAGAGAUUGGUUUCCACAUUUCCCUGUCCCGUCGAAUCACCGCACGGUCUCUAGCUUCUGGCACAGACACUUCUGA